AUGGCGCCGGCAUGGCAGCCCCUGCCCCGAUUCCUCACCAAGGCUCUGUUGGCGUCCGUCCUCCUGGCUGAGAACUUCUCCCAGGCGGGAGCCUUGGAGACGGUGCCGGAAAGCAACGUGAGCUGCCAAGGGUCCAACACGUGCCAUCCGGGGGUGCUGCUGCCCGUCUGGCAGCCGGACAACCCCUCCUUCGGCGACAAAGCUGCUCGGGCCAUUGUCUACUUCGUGGCCAUGAUGUACAUGUUCCUGGGGGUCUCCAUCAUCGCCGACCGCUUCAUGGCCUCCAUCGAGGUCAUCACCUCCAAGGAGAAGGAAAUCACCGUCACCAAGGCCAACGGCGAGACCAGCGUCGGCACAGUGCGCAUCUGGAACGAGACGGUCUCCAACCUGACCCUGAUGGCGCUGGGCUCCUCCGCACCCGAGAUCCUGCUCUCUGUCAUCGAGGUGUGUGGGCACAACUUCCAAGCUGGGGAGCUGGGGCCCGGCACCAUUGUGGGCAGUGCCGCCUUCAACAUGUUCGUGGUGAUCGCCAUCUGCGUUUACGUCAUCCCCGCCGGGGAGAGCCGCAAGAUCAAGCACCUGCGGGUCUUCUUCGUCACGGCCUCCUGGAGCAUCUUCGCCUACAUCUGGCUCUAUCUGAUCCUGGCAGUCAUCUCCCCGGGCGUGGUGCAGGUCUGGGAAGCUCUGCUGACGCUCGUCUUCUUCCCGGUCUGCGUGGUCUUCGCCUGGAUCGCCGACAAGCGGCUCUUCUUCUACAAGUACGUCUACAAGAGGUACCGCGCCGACCCGCGGAGCGGCAUCAUCAUCGGCACCGAAGGGGAGUUCCCCAAGGACAUCGAGAUGGAUGGCAGCUUCCUGGCCAAUGACCACCGGGAGAACGUCUUCAUGGACGGGGCGGCUUCCGCGUCCCCGGCCCUGGCCUCCUCCACCCAAGAGGAGAAGGAACUGGACGAGAGCCGCAAGGAGGUGAUCCAGAUUCUCAAGGACCUCAAGCAGAAGCACCCGGACAAAGAACUGGAGCAGCUGGUGGAGAUGGCCAACUACUACGCCCUGCUGCACCAGCAGAAGAGCCGAGCUUUCUACCGCAUCCAAGCCACCCGCAUGAUGACCGGGGCUGGGAACAUCCUGAAGAAACACGUCUCGGAGUUCUCCAAGAAGUCGUCCAACCUUCUGGAGGCGCCGUCGGAGGCGGAGGAGGAGAACUACAGCAAGAUCUUCUUCGAGCCCUGCCUGUACCACUGCCUGGAGAACUGCGGCUCGGUCACGCUGACCGUGGCCUGCCAGCAGGGUGGGGAGGGCAACCACACCUUCUACGUGGACUACAAGACGGAGGACGGCUCGGCCAAGGCGGGCUCCGACUACGAAUAUAGCGAGGGGACGCUGAUCUUCAAGCCGGGCGAGACGCAGAAGGAGCUGAAGAUUGGCAUCAUCGACGACGAUAUCUUCGAGGAAGACGAGCACUUCUUCGUCCGCCUGCUCAACCUGCGAGUGGGGGACGCCGAGGGCAUGUUCGAGUCCGACUCGGCCGACCACCCCAAGGGGCGUCUGGUGGCCCCGCUGAUCGCUACCGUCACCAUCCUGGACGACGAUCACGCCGGCAUCUUCACCUUCCAGGACAAGCUGUUGCGUGUCAGCGAGUGCCAGGGCACCAUGGAAGUGAAGGUGGUGCGGAGCUCUGGGGCGCGGGGGACGGUGAUCGUCCCCUACCGGACAGUGGAGGGGACAGCUCGCGGAGCGGGCAUCGACUACGAAGACGCCUGCGGGGAGCUGGAAUUCAAGGACGACGAGACAGUGAAAAGCCUGCAGGUGAAGAUUGUGGACGAUGAAGAGUAUGAGAAGAAGGACAACUUCUUCAUCGAGCUGGGGCAGCCGCGCUGGCUGAAACGGGGCAUCUCGGCUCUCUUGCUAACUCAAGGUGAUGAGGAAGAGGAGGAGGACGGGCGGGAGGAGAAGCUCCCGUCCUGCUUUGACUACGUCAUGCACUUCCUGACGGUAUUCUGGAAGGUGUUGUUCGCCUGCGUGCCGCCCACCGAGUACUGGAACGGCUGGGCCUGCUUCAGCGUCUCCAUCCUGGUGAUCGGGCUCCUCACCGCCCUCAUCGGGGACCUGGCCUCCCACUUUGGCUGCACCGUGGGCCUCAAGGACUCCGUCAAUGCCGUGGUCUUCGUGGCCUUGGGCACCUCCAUCCCGGACACCUUUGCCAGCAAGGUGGCCGCCCUGCAGGACCAAUGCGCCGACGCCUCCAUCGGCAACGUGACGGGGAGCAACGCGGUGAACGUGUUCCUGGGCCUGGGCGUGGCCUGGUCGGUGGCGGCCAUCUACUGGGCCGCGCAGGGCCAGGACUUCAAGGUGCAGACGGGCACCCUGGCCUUCUCCGUCACCCUCUUCACCAUCUUCGCCUUCGUCUGCAUCAGCGUGCUCAUGUACCGCCGCCGGCCGAGCAUCGGGGGCGAGCUGGGGGGCCCCCGGCCGGCCAAGCUCCUCACCGCCGGCCUCUUCCUGGGCCUCUGGUUCCUCUACAUCCUCUUCUCCAGCCUCGAGGCCUAUUGCCACAUCCGGGGCUUCUGA